UAGAAGGCAAACAGGAAGACCCUCUGGGCAGUCAAACAAGACUUUUUCGACAACUAUAAGGAGUUCCUGUUAAGUUACCUAUAUUUGAGGGAAAAUGAAACUCACAAGGACAUUGCAGAUGAUCUCGAUGGAAAACUUGAUAAAGGCAUAAACGCCAACAAAGCCUUGAAUCAAAUUCCUGGUACCCCCAGGUGUGUCCCCGCUGAAAGGAUGAAUGGACUCUUGAACAAGGCUAACAAAAACUUGCCCCAAAAGCCACACCACUGAAAGCUGGUGCCCCCGUGAGAUACUGGUGCCCCUUUGUGCCCCACUAGUUUACUAAUGUUUUCAAUCCAAACGGGUAGUGUAACAGAGUCAAAUCAGUCCCGUGAAAUAAUAACUUUAAUCAGAGUAAUGUUCCUUUUGUUAUGAUAAGAGUCCCCUUAAAACCGAGAUUCUUAGCUACGAGUCCUCUUGGUUUUUUUAACUCAUGGUUCCCCCUGUAAUUGCCUGCCACACACCGUAUUCAACAGAAUUAAGCAGGGUCCGACACCAGGCAAGUCACGUGUAUGAAUUGUUACACGUCCUUGCCUCCCACCUUAACCAGAAAUUAAAUCUUGUGAACAAUGAUGCCAAAACGUAGAUUAAAAUAAAACAAAUGUGACGAAUACUAGUGCACUGCAAUCUAGUCUUGUUUAGGACCACAUUUUUACAGAAAAGAAAUUUAUUAUAUGCAGCGCGCUGCACUGAGAUUGUUCAUGACUGCUGCCAAAGACGAAAGGAUUCUCCGUGCACAAACCAGGAUUUUCCAAUGUACAUUUAUAUCGUACAUCCGUCCCUUUCAAGGGCUCCGGAAGCGUGCUCAGGUCAAUUUUCAGGUAUAAGAGCAUACACGAAUGGCAUACGCAUUGACCCCAGCUUGGAGUUUGUUGAGCUGUCAAGGGUGUUCAUUGUUAUUCCGCCAGUACGCACGGCACAGCAUGGAGGAAGGAGGAGGUAUAAAUGUGCACAUGUACAUGUACUGCGUGUGCAUGUAGUCUUGGCAGGAGUAGUUUAAGGCACAAUAUACACACUACGUGCACGUAUAUGGUCCUUCACCGUCGGCUUUGAUGUCAUCGAUUCCCAGUUACAAAAUGAUGUGGGAGUUAUUUUGCCUGAUUCUGGCAGGGGCUUUGUUGAAGCUUCUCCUGACACUACUAAAGGCCAUACGAAAACGGAAUGCCCUGAAGAAGCUACCCAGUCCAACCGGGGCGCAUUGGCUGCAUGGUCACGACAAGCAGGGUCCCUUCGACCCAGGCUACAAGUGGCUGAUUGACACCGUGGCAGCCUUCCCACGUAUCUACACCUUGUGGCAAGGACCGGUUCCUGUACCUGUCGUGGUUCAUCCUGAAACCAUCAAGCCUUUGUUAACAGGUGCAGUUAGUAACAGAAAGUCUGAAUUGUAUAACCUCUUGGUUGACUGGUUAGGCGGUGGUUUAGCCACUGCAGAAGGCGCAAAAUGGAAGAGAAAUCGGCGUCUCCUGACCCGCUCAUUUCACUUGGAGGUCCUGCGCACCUACAUUCCCGUUUCUAAUGACUGCGUGGAAGUACUUCUGGACAAGCUGGACAGGUCUACUGCCCAGGGCCGAAAGUGUGAUAUAUAUCAUGUUCUUGGCUUGUGUACCCAUGAUGUGAGUCUGCGCACUGCCUGCUCUUACAAGUCAAACUGUCAGAUGAGAGAGAGUGACCAGGACAAAGAGAUGGAUGUCCUGUCGGCAAGUGAAACCCUUAUGGGGGUUAUCCAGGAGCGCAUGUUCGGCAGUCGCUUUCUACUUCACCCUUGGAUUUUUCGGCUGAGCUCCUACUACGCCAAGUAUAAGAGUGCUUGCCAGUACCUACAAAGGUUUGCCCGGCAAUUAAUCGAAGAGCGAACGAAAGAAAUAUCGGACAAGGCAAAUGCUGGUAACCCCGUAACCAAACCCCGUGAUUUCUUGGACACGCUCAUCAUGGCCAGAGAUGAAGAUGGCAGCAGACUCACCGUGAAGGAGAUGAUAGACGAGGUCAACACUUUCCUUUUUGCAGGCUACGAGACCACGGCUACUUCCAUGACGUGGUUACUGUACUUUCUGUCCAAGUAUCCUGAACAUCAGACCAGAAUCAGGGAAGAGGUGAACGAGGUACUCGCUGGAAGAGACUCCGAAAGGAUUACUUUUGAGGACCUUAGCCGUCUCGACUACAUGACCAUCACCAUAAAGGAGUCUAUGCGAAUGAUGACUGCAGGGCCCUUGAUCAGUCGUACACUAACCGCUCCCUACACGGUAGACAGCGUCACAAUCCCCGAAGGAACCGUGGUAGGCAUUGGUUUCCAUCAACUCCACCACAACCCGACUGUUUGGGGCGACGAUCACAUGGAGUUCAAGCCUUCUCGCUUCCUGCCAGAAAAUUUCGCCCAGAUGGAUCCGUUCUCCUUCGCGCCCUUCUCCGCUGGGACGAGAAACUGCAUUGGCCAGCAGUUCGCCAUUAACGAGAUGAAGAUAUUCACGGCCAGAAUCCUCAGACGUUUCCGUCUGAGCUUGGUGAAAGGAGAACCAGACGUUCUUCCUACAAUGCGACUAGCGUCUACACCCAUGAAACCAUUGCAUAUCGUUGUUGAGCCAAUGGAAGAAUUUUAAUUAUCUGGAGCCAAACUUGCGGCAAAGGAAUUCCCUUUUUUCAAAAGGAAGUCAUGAAACUCUUCGUCAUCUUAAUGAAAACGACACUCAUAGCUUGGCAAAGCUGGAAACUCCCAAUUUGGUAAUAAUUUCCUACAAACGUACACAUUUUAGAAGUUUACUCAACCGUUUUUUGAAUGAGGCACAUGUAUUAGGAAGCCCAUUUACAUUAAUUAUCUCCUCUACGAUCUCAUUUGUUUCGUCAUAGUCUUUUUAUAAAAGCUAUCCUAAUGUAAGAUUUAUAGCUGUGAUAUGGACUUUCCAAUUUCGUUCAUUAUCAAAAUGUUUCAAUUUUUAAUGUUGGAAAGACGAGUAAUGUUUGAAAUUCUGGAGUAAAAUUGAGCCGAUUUUAUUUCAUUGCCAGGAAGUUGAAAUAAUAGGUGAAAGACAAAUAUUUCGUAACGCAUAUUGACAACCAUCUGAAGUGAAAUGACAACAUGCCAAAAACAAAUUGGCAAAUUGGCAGUUUUUUGUAACAUACAACUGAAAUCGUGAAAGGUAUAGAGGUAUGCCGUGAAUUUCUGCGUUGUUAUUUUCCAGAGUGUGAUUCAGUUAUUUUAUUUUGGUCUUUUGUAUUUUUGUACGUUAUGGCUCACCAACUGUUAAAAUUUCUUUCAAGCUUGAACAUGUGCAUGACAACUGUUAGACUGAUGGGUAUUGAUGUAAGAGGCCUCUUUGGUGUUUUUGAGAUGACUUUAAAUAAACUCAUCUGUUCUGCACAAGA